GCUUGAUUGCACAGGCAAAGCGUUUCAUGACACAGACGAAAAACAAAAUUUUGACAACAUGGCACAACCGCAAGUAAAUCAACAGGCAAGGCCUUGGGAUCCUAAAUUCACACACGCUGAUCGUGAACGGUGGAUCUGUGUUUACCCUGCAUACCUGAACAGUAAGAAAAGUGUCAAUGAAGGGAGAAGAAUACCAAAAGAAAAGUGUGUUGACAAUCCGUUGUACACAGAGAUCAGAGAUGUUUGUUUAAAUGCUGGCCUCGCAAUUGGUGUAGAGAACAAGACAUACUGCCGUGAGCUUGAACAUAAAGACUUAAAAUACCGGGGACGGAUCCGGGUGCAGCUGAAAAAUGAGGACGGCUCUAUUAAAGAUGAACGAUUCCCUAACAGACAUUCAUUACUGCUGUAUCUGGGGGAGACAAUUCCAAAACUGAAGACACGGCAACAUUCAGGAUCGGGGUCACAAGGGGCUCAACAACAACAACAGUCAUCAGGAAAGGGCCAAAAGAAAAAGGGACGCAAAGGAAAAUGAGCAAAAAGUCAAACCAAUGAAAAAACAUUUAAGAAUAAUUCGGAAUUUUAGUUUCACAAUUAAUGAAUGUAAACAAAAGGUUCUUUUCCUUUUAAAACAUACUGUAUUAAAAGGAAGACAUUGAACAGUGAAUUUUCUGGUAUAGAAUAAAAGCAAUCAUGUAUGUCAUGAUCAUUAAUUUAUAAGUUGUUAGUCAUGAUCAUGUAUCAUGUAUAUUAUAAUUUUAAGUUCAUAACAUAAAUUAUUGUAUGCCAAAACUUAGUCUCUGGUUAGAUGGGGUGUCGACUUGAUUAAAUGAAGUGUGGAUUAAAACUAGACCAGAUGAAAAAGCCUCUUUUGUUUCUUGAAACUCAAUAAUUAUUCAUUAUGAUUUAAAAAGAAUAUCAUGGAAUCAGUCGAUUGAUAUAUUUUUUGGUACCCCCUGGUAUUUUUUUUCAAAAAAUCUGUAUUUUGAUAAAUUUGUUUUGAAAUGAGAAGUUGUGUUUUAUAUGAAUAAGUCUAUGUACGCAAAUAGGUGCAGUUCUUAUUGAACAUAAAGAACAUGCCUUAACUGGUAUAUAUUGAUUUCCUUCAUUUUUGUUUGUUAAUUCAUUUAAAUUAAUUUCAUUUCAUUUGAUGAUAUUUCUGCUGUCAUUUUCUAUCUAAGAAGAUAAUGUAUAUAGGGAAUACUAGAUUAGUUCCAUGGAGAUGAAAGUUUGUUUAACUGUCAAGGCGUAGGAAUUCAACGGGUGAGCCGAAGUUCCCCCCCACCCCCCACCACCACCCCUACUUGUUAAUUUAAUUGGAAUUUAUCCUGUUUUAAUAAGGAAGUUACAAGCUACAGAAUUUAUCCUCCGCCUUGCCAGAUGAACCGUCUCCCUCCACGGCACUAACCUAGUAUUAUCUAUAAGGAUGGUAAGCAAUUAGGGAUGGCAACGAGUAGUAAAAUUAAUACUCGAGUACUCGGACGGUCGUUCGAUCGAGUACUCGGGUACUCGAUUACUCGGAAAAAUUGAAUAUGUGUUCGCAAAGACAAGAUUGUGUAUACAUGUAUCGUUAAUGACGUAUAUUGUGCGUUGGUCGUAUUAUUGGUCAUUUUCACCUUUAAAGUAAACUUUCAUUACGUAUUUUUACUAUUUUAACAAAAAAAUGAUAUAAAAAGGAAACAAAUGUUGUUUCAGGCUUUUAAUUUGUCUUAUUCGUUUCAUUUAAUACAAGAAUGCACUGCAGAAAUGAACAACAAUCAGAAUUACAAUGAACAAAAAUUAAUAGCAUACAUAAAAAUAUUCAAUACGAAGUUCAGUUGUUGAGUUGUUUACUCUACAAUUUUUUUUUUCAAUUAUAGUUUUUCGUACUGUGUAAUUGUUGUUUACCUCAUUAAUAUUCAUAAUUCUUGACUUAAUAUCAACCAAUCAAUUGUGAUAAUCAUUGCAAAAAUAGUUAAAAUGCGCCCAUUAAAAAAUCAAUUCUCGUAACGGUCGAAUUGUGUAGGUGAAAGUACCGCUAUCAAAACUUCGCUAAUUGACAUCAGUUUUAAUUUGAAAUAGGGGUCCUUUGUUGACAGUUUGCAACUAUCAUAACAACUGUCAACUAAUUGAUUGAGGUCAAUUGUGUACACAGCGGGGAUUAGAGGGACCGUAAAUUGUCCUCUUGGCAACUAACCAGAUCUGAUAUUUUGUCUGUAAAUCGUGUAUUUGGUGAUUUUUAUAGAUUGUUAUUUUUUUUUCCGAGUACUCGAGUAGUGAUUUGGUACUCGAGUACUCGGACGUUCGAUCGAGUACUCGGGUACUCGUUGCCAUCCCUAUAAGCAAUGGUAUAGAUUAUGUUGAAAUCUUUAAAAGCUGCUCUCUCACAAAUUGACUUUUUUGUCCUUUUUUUCUUCUUUUUGUCCCAGAAUCACCUCAUUUUGGCGUCAUUGCCUUCAAUUCAGUCAUAUAAGAUAACUCACAAUAGAACAGAUCUCAACUGAUAGGUAAUGUGCUGAAAAUUUCAUUUUUUCUCACAGCGUAAGUAAUGCUUUAAACCAUAUUUAUGUGGUAAUUCCAUGACAAAAAAUUAAAAAGUUGUCAAAACAGUAAUUUUUUGAGAGUGCAGUUUUAAUAUUUAUGUAGCAAUUGUCGACAAGAUGUUUUCUACUAAGGAAAGUAAAAUUGCUUUCUAUAUUGAAAGGGGUUUAGCCAAUGUUAAUAGCAACACACAUUGAAACAAAUAUUGUUAGGCAUUCUAAAAUGUCUAGGAAACUUAUUUUGUUCAUCAUAUAAUUAUUAUAAUAAAGAGAUAUAACUAUU